CCACAGCCUAAGCGUCUAUUAACCAUAUAUAUAAAGUCUUUAACUUUCCCGCCACUUUCUUUUCAUCCCGUCAAAUUCCGAAGGAAGCCCGAGAUUUGAGCGGAGGAAAGCAUCUGGAGACAGACGAGCGAGGAACUGAAGAAAGACCAGCGAGGAAAACAGAAAAGAAAAGGGAGAAUGGGGUCUCAAACCCUUAAAAAUGUCCAGAAAAAGUUCAAGCUGAGAGGGUUGGCUCUCACCAUAGAAGCUCUCAGGGCCGUGGUGAACUUCAUCAAUGAAUUCACCGACGCAGAGGAUGAAGCUCUCGAGCUUGUUAUGGACGAAAUCGACAGAGUUUCCCUGCAAGCACCUGUUUUGGACAAGAAAUGUGUGGAGGGAAUUAUCAAUUUACUCGCUGGGACUAAUGCAGAAAAUGAUUACACUGCAGGCGCAUCCAUAACUGCCUACAAUCAGUGUGGCCUUCGUAUCAUUGAUGUUUUCCUCGUCUCUAAGUUUUGCUAUGAUCCUAUUCGGAAAAUGUUUUAUGAGUUCACUGGGAAGCUGCCAAUCCAUGGUGAAGCUAAUAGCAAAGCUACUUUGUAUCGUGAAAGGCUUCAAUUGUUGCAACAGAGGCUUGCUCGUGACAGGCAUUUUGCCAGGCCUGCAUUUGCUUCUGAUACAUCCAGGUCAGGCAGUUUUGAGAUGAUACCAAUUCAAUCACUAAUAGGGUGUAUAGGAAGAAGGUGGAUCAUGGGGGUGAUAUCACAAUUAGAAGAUGGACAUUUUUUCUUGGAAGACCUUACUGGAGCUAUUCCAAUUGACUUGUCACAAGCAAAGAUUACAACAGGAUACUUUGUGGAAAAUACAAUAAUUGUUGCAGAAGGAGAGCUGCAGCCAAAUGGAGUUUUCCAGAUACAUACAUGUGGCUUUCCACCAUUGGAGAAUAGAAAUGUAUCUCUCUCUGUAACGGCAGGUCUUGACUUCUUUGGUGGGGGUGCUCUGACAACAGACGAAACUACCAGGUUUGCUGAUCUGGAAGAGAAGGCAGUCAAUGAUAUGUUUGUUAUCCUCUCUGAUGUCUGGGUUGACUGUGCUGAGACCAUGGAAAAGGUUGCUACAGUUUUGGAUGGAUAUGAAGCGGUUGAAAUUGUUCCUUCUUUGUUCGUUUUCAUGGGCAACUUUUGCUCUCGUCCAUGCAAUCUUGCUUUCCAUUCUUUUUCAGAACUGCGAACACAGUUUGGUAAGCUGGGGUCAAUGAUUGCGGCUCAUACCCGACUAAAAGAAGGGAGUCGGUUUUUAUUUAUACCAGGUCCUGAUGAUGCUGGUCCAGCAAAAGUUCUCCCCAGACCUGCGUUACCAAACUUCUUCUGUGAAGAGGUUAAGAAGCAUGUCCCAAAUGCUAUCUUCUCCAGCAAUCCUUGCAGAAUUAAAUUCUAUACACAAGAGAUAGUCCUUUUCCGACAAGACAUGUUAUAUCGAAUGCGGAGGUCCUGCAUAAUACCUCCUUCUUUAGAGGAAACAACUGAACCAUUUGAACAUUUGGUUGCUACUGUAACUCAUCAAAGUCAUCUUUGUCCAUUGCCUCUCACGGUGCAACCUAUUAUCUGGAAUUUUGAUCAUUGCUUACGUUUGUACCCCACACCUCACACGAUAGUAUUAGCAGAUAAAGCUGAGCAGAAAGCAUUCAAAUACACGGGGGUCACCUGCUUCAAUCCUGGUUCUUUUGCAAAUGAUGGUACCUUUGUAGCUUACCGCCCAGCAACACAUGAAGUUGAACUAUCUGCUCUGUGAAUGCUGCUGGAGAAAUGGUAUAAUUUGCAGGAAGGUUAUUUGAUAUACCUUAAUCAAAGAAACUCCUGAUUGGACACCAAGUUAUUUCCUUGGCAGGGCAUUUUGCACUUCUGUGGUGUAAAAGAUGCAUGGCAGAGGAAAUAUUGUUGCCGCUUGAUAUAAGACAAGUUAAGCAUAGUUUUUAUGUGAGUGCAAUGGAUUUAUGCAUCCACCACCAAGGCAUAGACAGACUACUUGUGCUAUAAAAGAUUCUAAAUUUACAGGAGUUUUGUAAUUGCAUUUCCUACUAAGCUUUUAGCUCAAUUUUACGAUCACGGUUGAUCUUGAAGUUUAUACAAGGACACGCUUAUCUGAGAGCAGAAACAUCAGAAAAUUUCUUGCUGAUAUCCUUGAAGAUGGACAUUGGAUUUUAUUCUAAUGUACAGAGGCACUCUAAUGCUAGUUCAUUGGACUUACUAAUGCUGUGCCAAUGAUACAGUCUGGAGAGAUACAAAGCACCCAUAUUUUCUUGAUAAUAAGCUUGGUUUUCUGAAA